GAAGGAAUAAUAUUCAAAACAACUGAAUGCGUUAACAGUCAAAGAAAUAUUUUUGACUUACUUUUAGAUUUCUAUUAUUUUAUAUAUCUGAAGAAAUGAAGAAAAUGAAGUCCAGCACCUACCGCACUAUAUAUAUAUAUAUAAAACACCGAGCCUGAGGACAUUACAGACAUACAAAAUGUAAAAUAUAUAAACGGGCGGAUGGACUAGUGGAAGUUGAAUUGAAUUGAUCAUUUGUGCUCAGGGUUUACUCACUUUAAUAUAAUCCGGUAUUGACUUAUGAUACCGUCCGGAGGCUGUAUCACAAAGCAGGAUUUCUUGGUUAUCCGGAUUUGAGGCACUUUAUUUUCAUCCAAUUUCCAUUAAGCCCAAACUACCAAAAAUCCGACAAGCUAACUCGGCAAGAAAUCCGGCUUUGAGAUACAGGUCCCAUUGGGGUUAAUGUACUGUUUAAAACAAUCUGCGCACAAGUUGCUGUGUUUGUAUUUAGUACUGUAUUUGUACCGCAGACGUCUGCCGGCAGGCGAAGGUCGGCAGCGUCUCGCUGGCGGCCUUGUUUGUUGCCUUCCAAUCAGGACGCGGCGCGCGGAGCGAGUGAAUUCAAAAGAGUGGGAAGGUGCCGCCAUUAUUCUUUCAGUCGGCAGCGAUCCGUAGGCAUUACAGUCUUUGGAUUUAAUUACGGCUAAAAGCGACGCAGUGAAAUACCGUUUCGGGGAAACAACUUUCGAGUCACUGACGGCACAGACACCAAAUGCAAAUCUCUUUACGUGGAAAUGCGCAACUGAAUCACUUUUUCAGCCAGCAGUCAAAGGUAGGAAGGUGGGCUUGGUUGUGACACAGGAUGGAAGGGGCUUCAGGCAUGAAUAUGUCAGAUGAGGAGGAUUAUGCAGAUAUCCGGGCCGAUUUCUCCAAGACUGAAUGGGUCAGGCUGCGGAGAUGCGAGAAGGUGCACUACAGAAACAUGAAGAGGAACCACCAGGCCAUGUUGGAUAUGGAGCUGAAUUCCACCACCUUGGCUUUCAAGAGCGGAGGCUGUUCCGGGAAGGUGAUGGCAGAGAAGUCCGGCAACGACAGAGGCAGCAAUUCAGAGGAGGGAUUGAAUUCUCACAUGCUGAGAAGGAACCUGUGCAACACGCAGACAACUUCCUGCAGUACAACCAGCUGCCACAUGAACCAGAAGCCUUCCCAGCUGUCUGUUGGAGAGGUGAAAGUAGAAGAGCAGGAAUACCUGAUAUCUGAGGGUGAAGGGACUACGACCGAGAGCCUCCACAAGAACAUGAAGGGCGCAGCAGUUCAGGAUGUGACUGAGGAGGAGCUGACUGGUUCUCUUCCAUUAAACACUGAUGGGAGAAGGAGAAGCAAACGGAUUGUGAAACCUGCAAACCCAGCAAGGAGAGCAGAUGAAUCCCCCCAAAUCUUUGCUCGUUCUCAGGGUCCAUUCUCCAACACAGCAGAAAUUGACCGGCACCGGCAUAUCAAAAGAUCUCACCCCAAUGAGUAUGUCAAAAAACUGAGGGCUGGAAGUGUCAUCACAACCCGGCAUUCCACAACUACUGCUGGCCCCAGUGUCGCCAAGUCCAAUACAGAUACACUCAGUACCCUGGGAGAAGCCGGUACAGACACACUGACAGCUCGGCAGGGUUCCCAGGGUGAGAAGACUUUCAGUAAAAAAAGUGGUUGUAAAAAACAUCAGCAGAUUCACACAGGAGAGAAGUCCUAUCAGUGCUCCCAGUGUGGGAAUAGCUUCAGUCAAUUAGGAAACCUAAAUAGACACCUACGGAUUCACACAGGGGAGAGGCCCUACCAGUGCUCCCAGUGUGGGAAGAGCUUCAUUCGUUCAGCAAAUCUAAAGGAGCACCAGCGGACUCACACAGGAGAGAGGCCCUACCAGUGCUCCCAGUGUGGAAAGAGUUUCAGUCGAUUAGGACACCUAAAGAAGCACCAGAAAACUCACAAAAAGGAAAGGCCCUACCAGUGCUCUCAGUGUGGGAAUAGUUUCAAUCGAUUAGCAAACUUAAAGAGACACCAGUGGAUUCACAGAGGGGAGAAGCCUUACCAGUGCUCCCAGUGUGGGAAUAGUUUCAAUCGAUUAGCAAACUUAAAGAGACACCAGUGGAUUCACACAGGGGAGAGGCCUUACCAGUGCUCCCAGUGUGGGAAUAGUUUCAGUCGAUUAGGAACCCUAGAGAGACACAAGUGGAUUCACAGAGGGGAGAAGCCUUAUCAGUGCUCCCAGUGUGGGAAGAACUUCAUUCGGUCAGCACAGCUGAAGAUACACCAGCGGACUCACACAAGGGAAAGGCUCUACAAGUGCUCUCAUUGUGGGAAGAGCUUCGGUCGAUUAGGACAUCUAAAGCAACAUCAGCAGACUCACACAGGGGAGAAGCCCUACCAGUGCUCUCAGUGUGGGAAGAGCUUCAGUCGAUUAGGACAUCUAAAGCAACACCAGCCGACUCACACAGGGAAAAAGCCGUACCAGUGUUCCCAGUGUGGGAUGAGCUACACUCGGUCAGAAACCCUGAAGAAGCAUCAGCAGAUUCACACAAGGGAGAGGCCCUACCAGUGCUCCCAGUGUGGGAAGAGCUUCACUCGGUUAGCAUACCUAAAGGAGCACAAGCAGACUCACACAGGGGAAAGACCCCACCAGUGUUCCCAAUGUGGGAUGAGCUUCCUUCGGUCAGGAACCCUAAAGAAGCAUCAGCAGAUUCACACAGGGGAAAGGCCCUACCAGUGCUCCGAGUGUGGGAAGAGCUACACUCGGUUAGCAUACCUAAAGGAGCACAAGCAGAUUCACACAGGGGAAAGACCCCACCAGUGUUCCCAGUGUGGGAUGAGCUUCCUUCGGUCAGGAACCCUAAAGAAGCAUCAGCAGAUUCACACAGGGGAAAGGCCCUACCAGUGCUCCCAGUGUGGGAUGAGCUUCAGUCUUUUAGGAACCCUAAAGAGACACCAGUGGAUUCACAAAGGGGAGAAGCCUUACCAGUGCUCUCAGUGUGGGAAGAGCUUCAUUCGGUCAGCACAGCUGAAGAUACACCAGCGGACUCACACAGGGGAAAGGCUCUACCAGUGUUCCCAGCAUGGGAUGAGCUUCUCUCGGACAAAAGACCUAAAAACACAUCAGCAGACUCACACAGGGGAGAGGCCCUACCAGUGCUCCAGGUGUGGGAAUAGCUUUAGUCAUUUUGAAUCCCUAAAUAAACACCAGUGCAUUCAUGCAGGAAAGAGGCCCUACCAUUGCUCCCAUUGUGGGAAGAGCUUCAGGCUAUUGGGAACCUUAAAGAGACACCAGCAGAUUCACACAGGGGAGCGGCCCUACCAGUGUACCCAGUGUGGUAAGAGGUUCCUUCGGUCAGGAGCCCUAAAGAAACAUCAACUGAUUCACACUGGGGAGAGGCCCUACCAGUGCUCCCAGUGUGGGAGAAGCUUCAGACUAUUAGGAACCCUAAAUAUGCACCAGCGGACACACACAGGGCAGAGGCCCUACAAGUGCUCUCAGUGUGGGAAGAGCUUCAGUCGAUUAGGACACCUAAAGGAGCACCAGCAGAUCCACACAGGGGAAAGGCCCUACAAGUGUUCCCAGUGUGGGAAGAGCUUCAGUCGAUUAGGACACCUAAAGGGGCACCAGCAGAUCCACACAGGGGAAAGGCCCUACAAGUGUUCCCAAUGUGGGAAGAGUUUCUUUCGGUCAGGAGCCCUAAAGAAACAUCAGCUGAUUCACACUGGGGAGAGGCCCUACCAGUGCUCCGAGUGUGGGAAGAGCUUCAGACUAUUAGGAAACCUAAAGAUGCACCAGCGGACACACACAGGGCAGAGGCCCUACCAGUGCUCUCAGUGUGGGAAGAGCUUCAGUCGAUUAGGACAUGUACAAAGGCACCAGCGGACUCACACAGUUGACAGUUUAUCACAGUAAGCCCAAUAAAUAUGUGUUCUUCAA